ACUUCAACAAGGCGCUUGAAGUGGUUCCAAUCAACCAAAGGUCAUAUAUAGCGGAUCUCAAGGCAUCCAAAUUAAACAAACAGGCCGCGCCGGCAACAAUGUCUUCUCGGGUCCAACAAUGCCCCGACAAACCCGCAUCCAUGAACGUGGAGGCCGUCCUCCACAUGAAGGCCGGCCUCGGCGACAGCAGCUAUGCACAGAACUCUUCGCUUCAGAAGAAAAGCACCGACACCUUGAAAAGCCUCGUCAUCGACUCCGCAACUCGAGUGUACGAGACGCUACGGCCGGAGAGCUUCACCGUAGCUGACCUCGGGUGCGCCUCCGGGAGCAACGCGCUCGGCGUGGUGGAAGCCGUCGUCAGGAGCAUCGGCGAGGUCUGCUGCGCCCGCGGAUCUCCGCCGCCCGAGUUCUCGGUGCUCCUCAACGACCUCCCCACCAACGACUUCAACACUGUCUUCUCCUGCGCGCCGGAGGUCACCAGCAGGCUCAAGGCUGACGCCAAGGCCGUAGUCUUCCUUUCAGGCGUCCCGGGAUCCUUCUACGGGAGGCUCUUCGUUAGCAGGAGCGUGCAUUUGGUUUGCUCCUUCAACAGCCUGCACUGGCUCUCUCAGGUUCCUGCCGGUCUUCGUGACGAGACAAACACGCCACUUAACAAGGGGAAGAUGUUCGUAUCAAGCACGAGCCCUCCCGCCGUGCCGGCGGCCUACCGGCGGCAGUUCCAGAAAGACUUGAGCCUGUUCCUCAAGUCGCGCGCCGCUGAGGUCGUCCCCGGCGGCCGCAUGGUUGUGUCGAUGCUGUGCCGGGAAACCGAGGACUACACGGACGUGAAGGCGACCCAAUUAUGGGAUCUCCUCUCCGACUCACUCGCCGCGCUGGUAUCUCAGGGGCUGCUCGAGCAGGAGGUGGUGGACGCCUACGACGCCCCGUGCUACGCGCCGAGCGCACAGGAGAUCCAGGAGGAAGUGACCAAGGAAGGCUCCUUCAGCCUGGACUACGUGCGGACGUACGAAGCCAACCUGAACAGCGCCGGGGACGCCAAGAGAAACGGCAGGACGCUGUCGAUGGCGAUCAGGGCCAUCCAGGAGUCCAUGCUCAGCCACCACUUCGGCGCCGGCAUCGUCGACGCGCUGUUCGACAAGUAUACCGAGCUCGUCACCGAGUCCAUGGAGAAGGGGGUGGUCAAGAGCGUCCAGAUAGGGGCCGUCCUGGUCAGGUUGUAGUAUGUAGAUAUUGCUGGUACUACUUAACGAUUCAGUCUGGCACAUCACAGAUUGAUUGAUGUUCUAAAAGGGAACAUAUCAGGUGCAAACCAACAUCUUCAUGUAAAUUAUGAAAACUUCAAUCUGAGUCAUUGGAUCAACAUCUAAGAGGUAUGGGGGAUUGAGUAA